AUGGAAGCGGUCGUACGAGAGCUCCAGAGCGAUGCGCAGCUGAGCGUGUUCCUGAGCCCAGAGUGCGACGUGAGUGCCAUCGCCAGCGCCGUCGUAGCCCAAGACUCGGCCUCAAGGGACGCUAUUGGGGCCUCUUCACGUCACACGAGUGCGUCCAGCGCUACGUACGACAAAGAAGACGAUCUCAGCAAAUCGGAGCAUUUUGUCAAGCGCCUGGACAGCGCCGUGGAGCGCAUCGAUCGCGUCAUCUCGGAGCACAUUGGCGAACAUCACGCAACGCUGCUGGGCCAAGUGGGAUCAGUGGACGAGCUGCUGAGCCACGUGACGUUGGUACAGAGCUCCGUGGGAGAUUUGAAGCAGUCGGUGCACUCGCUGGAGACGUUGAUGCGCGAGCAGCACGCACAUUUGCGCGACACGAUACAGAGCUAUCGCAACGUCGAGCAGUGCGGAGAUAUCGUACGGAGAGUGCUGCGCUUCCAGCAGCUGUCUGAUCGCGCGUUAGGAUCGGAGCUUUAUCAGGAAAAUGUCGAUGCUGCGUUGACAAAAGAGGCAGUGGACAGUCGAAGUAGCCCGACACGAGAUGCAACGCAGCACGAGAUGGUCGCUGUGGCACUUGCAAUCAGGGAAGUGGAGACGAUGGUGCAAGACAAGCGAUUUAGGGAGAUCAGCGUUGUGCGUGCUAAGCUAUCAGCAAUACGAAAUCUCGGUGCUGAUUUGAAGCGCGAGGUGCGCGCUUCGCUGCGUGCAGGUAUCCAGUGUCUGAGCCAGGCAGAUGUCGGCGACGCGCUACAAAUCCUUUUCUACUUGGGCGAUCUGAAUGCAGCAGCCCAAGCCUCCGUGAACGAUGUGAUUCAGGAAGUGGAGCGCAAGUGUACUGCCGCGAUUUCAGAAGACAAGUUGAUGCACUCGAGUGGGACCGACGCCAAAGGGCUGGACUUGAGCAACGGAUCAUCUCCAGGUAGCAUCGUGCAAAAGUCUGACUUGUGGAAGGCGCUUGAGGACGUUUUUGACGCUAUCCGCGUACAUGCAUUCCAAGUAUGGAAUCUGCAGCGCGUGCUACAAAAAAUGGUGGACGGUGCAUCAGGCAAAAGGUAUGCCGAUUUGGUGCUCGAGCCAGACGAGCCGUCCCUCUUCGCGACGUUCUGGGAGGUGACAUGUGCGAUUGUACGCGAGCUAUUCGCGCACACACGCAACUAUACCGCGGUGGUGAAAUCUCUGCUGAUUGCCGAGUAUCCCCGAAUGCGAGUGCAAGCUACACGAGUUCUAAACGAGUUGUAUGCCGCUACAAAGCACAGUGCAGAUGUAGAAUUUUCGGCGUAUUCUCCAGAUGUAGCAGCUGACGCAAUUGGCACGGAAAGUGGAGCAGUUGAGAGAGAGUUAUUGCCUAUUGCCGGCGGUGUGGCCGAGCGCAUGCAGCUACUGGACACCAUGGGACCAUUGCACGAUGCAUUUGUCGACCGCGUCUACCGCACGAUGGCGAACCUCGUCCAGCUCAUGUUUCCUCAAAGCUCCAAGUUUCACACGUCACCGCCGGGUCGGAGCGACAUGCAGACUUUGUCACGUGCGAUUUUCUCGGAGCUGGAGAAAGCUGGUCAAGACCCCGAGCUGCUGGCAGGUGUCCUCCAGCAGGUGCAGAAAGUUGUUGAUUUGUUUUGCUCCAACGUCAAGCGGAUCAUGCAUAAGGGGACGGCGGCUACAGCAACGAUGUCGUCAUUUAGACGGACACCUGCUCAGGCUCACAAUGUUGGUCUCAUGAAUGUCCUAAGCAUACUGGAUGGCACGGUGGAGGAAGUAGGAAAGCGCGUGGCAGCUGCAGCAGUUCCCAACGGCUCUCAAGCAGGAGCAAUCACUCACGUGUCUUCCAGCGCUGAGGCCGUUGGUACUGGCAAAAUCACGCCAAAAGAAGCUGAGUCGCUGUGCGCUGAAAGAGUAGUGCCCUGUCGGAAGAUGGUUCGUGAUCUGGAGUACGCCACGUUGGGACACUAUCUGCAGACAAUCGCAGUACCGGUGGAGACCAUAUUUGCAAAAAUGCACGACGAGUCGUUCGGUGACCAAAGUGCAGCACUGGAAGCAGCAGUUUCCAGGGAUACACUGCAAAGCAAGAGUGGAUUUCCCUCGUUGCAAGGUACAGGCGGCUCAAAGUACAUGCAAGAAUUUAGUGAUGCAUUCACCGUGAUUCUGGAAGAGCAUCUGCGCCGCCUCCCCGUUGCCACGUUCACCACCAAGUGUCUGGCGGACUUUGUAGAGCGGCUCAUCUCGGUGUUCACCCGCCAUGCAUCUUUGCUGCGCCCUCUUACCGAAAACGGCAAAUUGCGCUUGGCGAAUGAUGUGGCACAACUGGAGCUCCAUCUCGAGCACGUCGUGCCAUUGCGCAGCCUCGGUGUCUCUUACGAAGAGCUUCGCGCGUUUCGCCAUAUGAUCUUCCUGGAAACGAGUGACAUUCUACGAGACACGACGAUCGAUAAACUUCGACCAAGUAACGUGUGGCACCACCUCACGUCUCGAGCUCCGCCUGAGCUACAAUUGCCGCAUCAGAUGAAACGCUGGACAGCUUCGAGGUACAUUGAGUGGCUGGAUACUCGCGCCGCCAUAGAACAGGCCACCCCUUGCACCACCCCUCCGUCUUCGACUGGCAAUUCAUCGGCGAUGGUGAUACCGCAGAGCGAGUUACCGCUCGGUUACCCGUACUUGAAAGACCUUCGCCUGGCCGUGAAAGCGGAGAAGCAGGCCUGGAAAGAAGUGAGCAAGUGUCUGGAUGCGUAUUCCCAACGAGUGAGCGCAUCAGCAACUGCGGAACUGAGUCCGAUUUACGACUUGCUGCACGAGUCGAAUGCUAUCUUGCUGGCAGGCUACGAAGCAGUCGUUUGUCGUCAAUUGUAA